AUGUCAGCGCCCAUCACCAUUCUCAAAACCGCAGCCGCGGCUUUCCUGGCUGCCUACUACUUUCCCGUGGUCCACCGCUGGCUCACGGUCCUUGGCUUUCUACGGAGCGCCAAUAUCUCUCAUGUAGAAGGGGAGAUUAUUCGAAUUGAAGACACUGUCCAUUGUGAAGACAUUCACCGAUAUUCGGACUGGCUGUUCACUGCGUGUGAAGAUUCCUUUCCUACAAGAUUCUCAUGGUUCCCGCCCCUGGUCAUCUUUAAGGACCCCGUACUUGCUUCGGAGGCGCGAGGAUCUAUUCACGUCAUUGACACUAAGGACUUCAAGUCGAAGAGACUUGUCCUUCAGAACUUUGAGGGCUCGUUUAGCACGCACGGGAUUGACAUCAUUGCAGACCCUGAGAAAAACGGAGCCGUCUACAUCUUCGCGGUCAACCAUGCUCCUCAUCCAGAGUAUGUGCUGUCCGUGAAGAAUCGAACUCCCCUUCUGGAGGGGACGCCGAAGGCGCGGUCGCAGAUCGAGGUUUUCCACCAUGCUCUCGGGUCAUCUACAGUUAAAUGGAUUCGUUCCAUACGGCACCCUCUCGUUAAGACACCCAAUGACAUAUUUGCCCAUACACCAACAUCUAUCUAUGUCACCAAUGACCACCACUACACCGAAGGCUAUCUGCGACAAGUGGAAGCCAUAAUCCCCGCUGCCAGAUGGUCUAACACUGUCCGUGUACAGAUAGAUGACUGGUCUAGCAGCGAUCCUCAAGCCGGUAUCAAUGCCAGCAUUGCAUUGGCAGGGCUUCAUAACAACAACGGGCUGGGCCAUGGCCCGUCCCAUGAGGACGUGGCGAUCGGGUCUGCAGGGAGCGGCAUUCUUUCUUUGGCUGACAUUACCGACACUCAGCAGCUGAAAGUCAAGGAAACCAUCUAUCUGGACAGUAUCAUCGACAACCCCAGCUACUUCAACGACGAGUACGCGACCGAAGAGAACGACGCGAGCGGGUACGUGUUGGGUGGUUUGAGCAAGGCGGGAGAAUUGGCGAAGAGCGCACAGAAUGAGACAGCAACGGAACCUGUCAUCGUUUGGCUGGUACAGCCUGUGAAGGAGGAGGGGAGAGCGACUACAAAAUGGAACAAGAAGAUUAUUUUCGAGGAUGACGGGUCGAGAAUUCGGUCGUCGAGCGCCGCCGUGCUCUUGGGCAUUGAUCCGGCGCUGGAGGGAGGGAAGAAGAGGGCGUGGCUGGUCGUGACUGGAUUUCUCUCGUCGAGCGCAAUUGCUAUCAAGGUGGAUCUCUAA